AUGGUGGCUAGUUGCAAGGACCAGUUGAAACAAGUUGCCAUUUGUUUGCAAAGAUCACCAUGCGUGAUGAUCGAAAGGCAUACCCCGAAGGAAUGUAUCAACAACCCAGAAUUGAAUAAUGAGCUUCCUGAUUUGUGCAAAGCACAGUUGGCUACAUUUUUAGACUGCAAAAGAGGAAUAGUGGAUAUGAGGAAAAGAAUCAGAGGUAACGGUACCUUGAGUACUGGAAAGUACGACGAACAAUAUCGGAAGUUGUCAGAAGGUGAAUUCGAUCCAAGGGAAGAGAUGAAGAAGCUGAAAACGUUAAACUCAAACCAGAAGCAAUAA